AUGCUCAAGUUCAUCCGCGGCAAAGGCCAACAGCCCUCAGUUGAGCGGCAGAAGAUCCAAAAAGACUUGUUUGCUUUCAGAAGGACUCUACAGUAUGGGUUUCCAAAUAAACCAACAUCGCUUUCAUGGGACCCAUUAUUACGUAUCAUGGCAAUUGGAACUUCAACUGGAUCAAUUAAAGUAUUGGGUAAGACUGGUGUUGAAUUCUAUGGUCAUUUACCAUGCUCCGAUCAUGCAAUUACAAAAUUAAUAUUUGUACCAAAUCAAGGUCGUUUGGUGUCAUUGUCUGAUGACAAUAGUCUUCAUUACUGGGAAAUAAACGACAUGGCCAUUGAUGAAGUUCAAUCAUACUUAUUGGAGGGAAAGCUUAAACAAAUAUCGUCUAUGUGCUUGGAAUCUAGUUGUGAGAACUUAUUACUCGGAACUGAAGGAGGAAAUAUAUUUUUUAUUGAUUUGUCAACAUUUGAAUUAUCAGAUAACAUUAUUUAUCAAGAUGUUGUGAUGCAGAAGGUUUCAGAUGAGUAUAAAAAGAACCCUGGUGCAGUUGAAGUUAUAGCAGAACAACCAGGAAAUCAAAAUCAUAUUUUAAUUGCCUAUAGUCGAGGACUAAUAGUUUUAUGGGAUCGCUUAAACGCAGUUGCUGUAAAAACAUUUGUAAGUAGUCAACAAGUAGAAAGUGUAUGUUGGGAAGAGAACGGGGAAAGUUUUUAUUCUUCUCAUAAUGAUGGAUCUGUAACACUCUGGAAAAUAAAUGAAACAUCUGAUGAAAAUGAAAACACUAAAACAAUUUAUGGCCCAUUUCCGUGCAAACCAAUCUCUAAAAUAGUUUGCCAACAAUCUGCUCAAGACCUCAAUGAACAAUUACUAAUAUUUUCUGGUGGUAUGCCACGGGCAUGCUAUGGUGAUCGCCAUGCAGUUACGGUUAGAUUGGGAACUACUAAACAUGUAGCUUUUGAGCUUACUUCAAAAGUUAUUGAUUUUUUCACAACUACUGCUUCAGUUGAUGAAAAAGGCUGUAGCUUCCUUAUAAUUCUGGCAGAAGAAGAAAUAGUCUGUAUCGAUUUAUCUACAGAAGAUUGGCCGUUGGUUCAACUACCUUAUCUUGUAUCCAUUCAUGCAAGCGCUAUAACAUUUACAACUUUUGUUUCUGAUUUAAACGAAGAUCUUUGGAAUAAUAUAAUUGCGAUUGGAAACUUACAAAAUGAAAAUAACUUUUCUUCAAAUGAAUGGCCAGUUGAUGGUGGUGAAGCAAACAUUGAAGAAGAGCAAAGUAGAGAUCUUUUAAUUACUGGCCAUGAAGACGGUUCUGUUAAAUUGUGGGUUGCAAAUGCAACUCCAUUACUUCCAAUACAUGUAUUUAAAUCAUCAUGGGUAUUAGUUGGUGAUGAUGCUGAUAACCAUUCCAGUAAUAGUGUAGCUCCAGAUGAAGAUGAGGAAGAGUGGCCACCAUUUAGGAAAGUUGGAAAUUUUGAUCCUUAUUCUGAUGAUCCUCGAUUAGCGAUUAAAAAAGUUAUUCUUUGUCCUCGAACUGGUACAAUGAUUGUUGCUGGUACAGCUGGUCAUGUUAUAAUUUCCAAAUUUAAUGAUCAGUCAUCUUCUAAUGAAAUAAAGGCUGUACAAAUGAAUGUUGUUGGAGAAAGUUUUGUAUGGAAAGGUCAUGAACGUUUAAGUUUAAAACAGACUGGAGAUGAAGCUAAUAAUAAUAAUGGAAAAAAUAUCACUUGUCUUACUUUUAAAGCUGGAUUCCAACCUUCAUCUGUUUUACAAGUAUAUCCUCCUGCAUCAAUUACAGCUAUAGCUUUACAUUCAAAUUGGUCUUUGGUUGCUGCUGGUACUGCUCAUGGCUUAGUACUUUAUGAUUAUUAUCGACAAGCUCCUGUUUUGACAAAAUGCACUUUAAAUCCCAAUGAUUUGUCCACUGCUGGAGAUACUCCUAUUUCUAGGAGAAAAUCAUUCAAGAAGUCAUUAAGGGAGUCAUUUAGAAGACUUAGAAAAGGAAGAAAUUCUACCAGAAUAGCAAAUGAUAAAAAAGGAGCAAGCAUUACACCUGACAAAAAACGAGAAAAUACUGGACCAAUAUCCCCAAUGGAAGCACGACCUGUUGAACGGGCAAUUGAAGCCAGACCAGUUGAUGAUGCAUUGGGAAGUAUGGUUCGUUGUUUAAGUUUUACAAAAACAUUUAUUGUUACAGCUUCACAUAUUACUCCUACGAUGUGGGCUGGUACGAACAAUGGUUCUGUUUACAUUUUUACGAUAAGUAUACCACCAAACGAUAAACGAAAAGAAAGAAGAGUCACUGCACAACUAGGAAAAGAGGUUCAGUUAAAGCAUCGUGCACCUGUUAUUGGAAUUACUGUGAUUGAUGCAGAAAAUCGCUCAGUCACUGAAGUUCAAGAAAAUAGCACUCCGGGUAAACCUUUAGAUAUAUGUGGUCCUCACAAGGUCAUUAUUGCAUCGGAAGAACAAUUUAAGAUAUUUUCCUUGCCUAAUUUAAAACCUGUAUGCAAACUUAAGUUAACUGCAGCUGAAGGUGCUCGAGUUCGCCGUAUGUCAAUGGCAUUUUUUAAAACUAGUGAUUAUGCAGAAAGCUGUCUUCUCUGUCUAACUAAUUUAGGUGAAGUAAUAGUACUUAGUGUACCAGACCUUCGAAGACAAAUACAUGCUGCAGUUAUUCGUCGAGAAGAUAUCAAUGGUAUUUCAAGUUUGGCAUUCACGCGUUAUGGGGAAGCUUUAUAUUUACAUUCAAGUAGUGAACUGCAGAGAAUUUCUGUAUCUGCAACCAGUGUCACACAAGUUGAUUGUUCUUUGAAUUUACCUACUAGAGAUCGACCAUCAAAUAGUCGAUCUAUUACCCCUAUUAAUGGUUAUACAGAUGACGAACAAGAUGAUUUUCCAAAAGUAAAUGGAUUAACAAAUGGUACUCAAGAAAAUGGUGAUAGUAAUUCACAACUAAACAAUAGCAAUGAUCUCUCAGUCGGUGAUAUUACUAUAGACUCCAUUAAAGACCAUUUGGGAAGUUCAAAUACUAAUCUAAAUGUAACAUCAACAUCAAAUAAUGUUGAUGUUAAUAAUCAUCAGAAAACGGUCACCAAACAUGAAUUGUCAUCCACCACUACAACCACUGUGAAAACAUCAAAUUCUACUACAGUGAUUACUAAUGAAACUAUCACAGUCGACAAUAUAUCCACAAGUUUAGUUGUAGAAGAUGAUCCAUCAACACAGUCCAAAUUUGAGAUACAUAGAGCUCCUUUAGCUCUUAUGGAAGACCUAGAAGUAGAGACAGCUGCAUAA